AUGGCUGCCACGAACUCGGGAAUCACUACAGACGAAGUCACCGGGGAACGCUUUAUCCCCUCAUCGGUCCGUGCCGAUGGCUCCAAGCGCCGCGAAAUUCGUGUCCGACCCGGUUAUCGCCCCCCUGAGGAUGUGGAGCUGUAUAAGAACCGCGCUGCACAAGCCUGGAAGAACCGUGGUAACACUGGAGUGCCUGGUGCAGAAAGCUUGAAAAGCGAGAAUGAAAACCCUGCUAAAACAGGCACGGCGGCGAGUAACAAAAAUGCCAAGCGAAGGGAAGCGAAGAAGAAAGCCAAGGCAGCUCAAGAAGGAACAGCUUCUACCGAGGGCAAAAAUGUAAAUGAAAUCGACAAUUGGCGUGCUCCGGCUUCGGGCGCCGAUAAGAAGCAGUCUAAUGGAUCGGAUAAGGCCACUGGAGGAGCUGAAGAAACGAUCGAUCCAGAAGCCGAGAACGAAAAGAAGGCGCGCAACUUAAAGAAGAAACUCCGGCAGGCACGCGACCUACGGGACAAGAAGAACCAAGGAGAGGCCCUACUUCCCGAGCAACUGGAGAAGGUGAUCAAGAUCCAGGAACUGGUCCGCCAGCUUGACGCACUCGGAUUUGAUUCGAACGGCGACAAGAAAGACGGCUCUGCGGAGAAGGAAGAGAAAGUCUGA